AUGGAAUCAAGGCUAUCUCUGUUCAUCAUGAAGCAAACAAUCCUGUACCUCAUUUCGAUCCCCUACAGCGAUGUGAAUAACUUUGUUGGAGUUCUUCGUUAUCAGACUUCUUUCAAGAGCGUUAAGCUCAGCUGCGGUGAAGGAGGAUGUGGUGCUUGUGUUGUUCUUCUCUCCAACCAACAUAGCCGUUUUGUAACUUCUCCUGAUGAGAACUCCGACGUCGUUUAUUCAUUCUCGGGCUACUCUCAUGCCUCUGAAAUUGUUGACUGUUACCUCAACGGCAAGUCUCCUCCCAAGACUACUAUUAACCCCGAAUCAUCCAAGUUUUGGUGGGAAGACCCUAAUCUCUACGGUGAUUGUGACGAUUUGUCUGAGUUAAGAAUCAUCGAAGAUCGUCUGAUGAGAACGAAGAAGCAUCUCAUGGAUUGUCUUGAGAAGAAAGAAAAAUCAUACUCUGUUUCUAAAUCUGAUCAAAACCCUAAGAACAACGGUGGGUCUUCUUCUUCUUCUUCUUCUUCUUCUUCUCAAAUUGCUUCUGAUUUUGGUCAAAACCCUAGUACCUCUUCUCCGUUUUUUGAUCACCACUCUUACUCCUCGCUUGAGCCUUCGUCACAAGUUACUACUUGUUUUGAUCAAAACCCUAUUUUCUCUGUUGGCAGCGAGUCAUCAUCUGAUCAAUUUCGUUACUUGGUGAAUGAAGAUGCUGGAUUUGUUGACUGCUUAUUUGAAACAGAGGAGGAGAAGAACAGAAUGAUUGUACCCCAAGAAACACAAACACAACCGAUGUUCUCUGAGGAGGAUCAGAGCUUUUGGGAAAACCUAGAUGUCGACGACGUGUUUGGUCUUUUUAACGACGACACCAACCUUGAGGUUCCUCUUCAAGAUCAUUCCUCAACCAACGAAGAAGACGAGUUUAUGAUUGAUAUCAGUGAAUACUUAAGCGAAGAAGCAAUGGAAUGGCCCAUGUUUUAGUUAGUUCACACAUCUUGAUUAAGCAUGAUCUCAUAGUUAGUUACGGUUUUAGUUAGUUCAUUAGGUAAUUACCAUUUAU